UACACAAACACACGACGAGCAAGUAGCUCUCUAUCGAACUAGACGCGAUAUUUACUUUGUUUGGUUAUAUAACAAUAAUGCAUUUAAGUAAGCAAUGUAAAGUACCAUAUAUAAUAAUAUACGAUAUUGAAUGAAGGUGGAUAACGUUUGGCUAUAUUACUUCAGAGGCCUACAUACAGCUCAUCAGAAGAGGUUGACAAGGUUGUACAUUGAAAUCUAUACAGGUAAAAACCAAUUUAACUACUGACAGAUCAUGGGAAGUGUUCGAUAUGCCUUUCGUUUUGGUUCCUGGAAGCCAACAAAAGAAGAAUGGAUGUUAGCAUCGAGAUGUAUUCAGAAAGAAGAGAAGGAUAGGAUAGCGAAGUUUCAUUUUGCAAAUGACGCUAGAGCUGCUAUGUGUGGACGAUUACUUCUUCGCAAGGUAAUUGCAGAAUCCGAGUUUACAGAUAUAUUAUGGCAGGACAUAAAAUUGGCAAGGACAGAUAAGGGGAAACCAUACCUCGAGGAUAAGAACUCAAUAGUUGACACCGAUUUAGCGACAAAUUUCAACUUUAACGCAUCUCAUCAAGGGGACUAUGCUGUUGUUGCUCUCGAGUCCAGUUGGGGGUGUGGUAUUGAUGUCAUGAAAGUUGAAAUGCCAACUGUGCGAGUGGAGGAGUACUUUCGGUUGAUGAACCGUCAGUUUACACCUGCGGAGUGGAAGACAAUAAAAGGUGCAGGCACUGGCAAGCAACAGAUGGAGAUGUUUUACCGACACUGGUGUCUUAAAGAGAGUUACAUAAAAGCAAUUGGCAUAGGCCUAGGAUUUGACCUACAGAGGAUAUCCUUCAAGCCUGAGACACUCACUUUAAGCCCUGGUACAAUUACCAUAGACACACAACUUGUCUUAGAUGGGUGCCUAGCUACUCAGUGGAAGUUCCAGGAGACAAAAUUAGAUGAUGAACACUUUGUAGCUGUUGCACUCCGACGACCCCUGGGAAAAGAGAGUGAGCCCUCUAUCGUCCCAGAUUUUAAACAUCUGACUUUUUCUGAAUUGACGUCAUCUAGCCAACCUAUUUUACCACCAGACGAAGACUACUGGAACAAUUUUAAUAAGAAGAGAGACAAACCACAAAGAAAAUGAGCAAAAUUGUUCUCGUUUCUUUUGUGUUUAGUUUGUACUAACAAAAAUGAUGAAGUCAUAUUUAUGCAAAUUUUGGAAACUACAAGAUCAUACUUCCACGAUGUACCAGUGAUUUUAGUAACAAUUUGUGUAAGAUAAUAAUGAUAAUUUGAUAUAUUUUUGGACUCAAUUUUAUACUCAUUGUUUUUGUUGUGUAAAUCAAUUAUCAAAGUAGGUAGUUAGCAGAUUUUGUUUUUGUUUAAAUUUGGGUCAUACUCCAUCCGUUCCUAUGUUUGACCUAUAAAAUACAAUGAUUUAUUAGCAGAAAUGUAACAAAACAUAUGAUGAGUCGACUGGAAAAGACGAAUACAUGGACAACAAGAUACACAAAUCAUGAUGUGCAGAAAAAAAAAGGUUCCUAUUCUUGCUGUAACGUUCCAAAUACAUUAUAUGGUAGUUAUAUAAGAUACUCUUUAAUAGUUUAUAAACACUAGACUAAGAAGAUUUUUUUUAAUAAGGAGUAUAUUUUACCAGCUCUAAAUGCUGCUUUUCCUUAAGACUAGGGUUGGAGUAUGCCCUCACUAAUAAUUACUUCUUUCUUACAACGUAAGAUACUGCUAACCUUUAUGGAGCAAGUAUUACCGAGUACUGUACAAGUUAUUGUUAUUAUUACAGUACUUUAAAAUGAGUAUUUAUUACUGUAUAUUUUCAGACGGUAUUGGAAUGCAUGACUUCAUAUAAUAGUUACAGAUUUGAACAAUAUAACGUUGGUCAUGUGUUAUAACGUUUUAUAUACUAUGCUAUGUGUCUGCACAUGCACUAGUGUAUAAUGUAUACACAUACAAAAUACUAAUAAUCGAUUUGUUCACACAAAGCUGAAAUAACAUGAAUAAUAAAAGAACAUUACAAGGACAGGACGAAAAAAGAAUUUACGUACAGCAUAUUUAGGGGCAGUGUUAUACUUUUCUCUUGAUCUAUUUUUAUUCUAUUCGAAUUCUGUAGCUUUACUACAGCUAUUAAAUUCUAAAAUAUUUUAUUUUAAAACGAGUUCUUUGUAUACGUUACCGUAGCUUUCAUUCACUAAAAUUCAAAUAUUGUUUACGUUUAAAUAGUAACAAUGUAUGAUAGGCAAUAAAAAUAUAAAUAAUAACUAGUUUUUAGUUUGAUUUAUUAUUCUAUUUUUAGUGCAUUUUUGUUGCGAAAAUGCGCAGCUGUAAGAUCGAAAAAUGUUGUAAUAAAUUAAAAUGCAUAAUAUGGCUACUAAAUAUUAAAGUACAUUUUUCGAUGGUUCGACAGAGUUUGCGUGAUUUUAAAGCGUGGUUUCCGUAAAAGUCGCUACACUAUCGCUGCAGUGUUCAGCCCAAUCUUUGUUCUGCGUAGCAGUCCCCGGCGCAAUCGGGAAGGCUUCUCGAUUCGACCGACCAAUCAGCAUCACCGAGAACUUUCGGCGAUAGCGUGUAGCGAUUGUAUGGAAACAAAGCUUUAAAUGAUUCUCGAUUGUUUUUGUAGCCCUAUCACCUGGUGAAAGGCAACCACUUUGUACUGUUUCCCAUUUCUGUCUCUAUUCUUACAGUUUUAAAAGCUGUUGCCUAUCAGUAUUGUAUCUCUACCGAGCUGCCAUUGUUACCCACAGCAUUGUUAUUUUCCAUUAUUUUGACUUCUUGUCCAUUCACUCUGUAUUAAGUUCACCAAUAAUAAGAUACAAAAUUAAAAAUUAUGGUGGAACCGAAUCUUAAACUGAGCAGAACGCGUACAAAAUGAUUGGUCACCUGACAAUAAAAACAAAAUGUAGGCUACUCUCAUUCUGUUAAACUGAUAAAAAAUUAAUUUAAUUUCUUACAUUGUUUAUACAUUAUUGGUUUUGGAUUAAAAAACAGAUCAAGGAAAUGUA